UCUGAAAAUCCUUAUUUCUUACCUUACUAGUUACUUCCAUUAUUUUUCUUUUACAUGGUGGGCAGUGAACUGAAAGCGAGUGUUGGUGGAUCCAAAAGACGUUUCUACACCUCCAGUAUAUUAUGUAUGCACAUUUGGAAAUUGUAAGACGGCAAGAUAGAAAGUAGCGUGCAUAGCACUGGUAGUUGAGACUAGAACUCUUCUUCAUGAAUAACAAAGGCAGCAAUGGUGAAUAGGGGCCCUGCAAGAAGGGAGUCAUGCAUUUGAGAAAUGUUGUACAAGAUGACGCAGAUGAUUCUUUUUACGUUUUGGAUAUAAUCAGGGUUGUACAAGAUGACGCAGAUGAUUCUUUUUACGUUUUGGAUAUAAUCAGGGUUGUACAAGAUGGCGCAGAUGAUUCUUUUUACGUUUUGGAUAUAAUCAGGGUUGUACAAGAUGGCGCAGAUGAUUCUUUUUACGUUUUGGAUAUAAUCAGGGUUGUACAAGAUGGCGCAGAUGAUUCUUUUUACGUUUUGGAUAUAAUCAGGGUUGUACAAGAUGGCGCAGAUGAUUCUUUUUACGUUUUGGAUAUAAUCAGGGUUGUACAAGAUGGCGCAGAUGAUUCUUUUUACGUUUUGGAUAUAAUCAGGGUUGUACAAGAUGGCGCAGAUGAUUCUUUUUACGUUUUGGAUAUAAUCAGGGUUGUACAAGAUGGCGCAGAUGAUUCUUUUUACGUUUUGGAUAUAAUCAGGGUAAGAAAAUAG